GUUGAUGGCACGCUCUGCCUCGAAUGCCCUGUCAACGUGUAUCGCUUCUUAUCGUAGAACGAACACGAGAAUGUGAUUGCGUGCAGCAAGCAUGAACCCGAGUGUCAUCUGCACGCGCCAGAAAUUAUCCCACUUCGUCUACGAGCACGAGGGCUUUUGAUCCGAGUUGAAUCCGCCGAUUCCGCGUUACAGGCUUCGCCUAAUCAAAGAACCACAAAUACUCGAACACACGACUUUGCACGAAAGCAUUCGCCUCCCGGUCUCCCAUACCAACCUGACCGAGUUGUUAAAAAUGUCAGAUCCUAUACAAAUACCGCGGGCGCAAGACCACGAGGCCUACGGAGACGAAGCCGCAGCUGCAGAUCUCCCCAGCAGUUUAGGAUCUACCCACGAUGGAAGCGAAGCCCUCACACCCGGUUGGCAAUCGUCCUCACCGGGCAGUCCAUAUCUCUUGUCGAGAAACUCAUCAUAUAUCGGAAGUCAAUCUCACCAGGAGGAUUGGGAGAUACCGUUGGACAAGAUCACGUUUUUCGACAUCUUCGACAACCUAGCCUUGCCCUCGAAGCUGGAAAAGUGGCAGGCAACACUAUCGGCACAAAAAGAGAAGAUAGCAAAGCAACAAGAGCGGAUUCGGACGUCAGGGAACAAUGCCAAAGAUAGAGCCGUGGCUGAGUGGCGCAAGCGCGUGCCCACCGCCGACGAACAGCUCGCCAAGUACCGGAGACGCAUGAAGAGAUCGGUCGACGAGCUCAACAAGAGAUGGAACGACACGGUCACCGUGUCCGUACGAGAAAAGGUAUCUUUCAUUUCCGCCGUCCUCAACGUCUUCAUCAGCGGGUACCUGAUCGGGGCCGUGCCCGAAUACUUCUACUACUGGUUCACGAUACAACUGUUAUACUUUAUGCCCAUCAGGCUCAUCACCUACCGCCAAAAGGGCUACCACUACUUCCUCGCAGACCUGUGCUACUUUGUCAACUUUCUCCUGCUGCUCGCGGUCUGGGGCUUCCCUCGAUCGAAACGCCUCCUCAUCAGCACCUACUGUCUGGCUUAUGGAAACAACGCCGUGGCCAUUGUCAUGUGGCGCAACUCUCUCGUCUUCCACUCGCUGGACAAGGUGACCAGUCUCUUCAUCCACGUCAUGCCCCCAGUCGCCCUGCACUGCAUGGUCCAUCUGACGCCGGAUGAGUUUUUGCGCCACCGCUUUCCGGCCGUGUACACCAUCAAAUCCAGCCUGCCGGGCUCAAAGGACCACUACAACCUAUGGGCAAUGUUGGGCUGGGCCUCGCUGCCCUACGCGGUGUGGCAACUCUCGUACCACUUCCUGAUCACUGUCCGGAGACGCGAAAAGAUCGCCGCCGGCCGCCCGACCUCCUUCACCUGGCUGCGCAAAUCAUACGCGACGACGUGGAUCGGCAAAGUCGUCAUCUCGCUCCCAAGCGCGCUGCAAGAACCGGCGUUCAUGCUCAUCCAGUACAGCUAUGCCUUGCUCACCAUCGUCCCCUGCCCAAUAUGGUUCUGGUACAGGUGGGCCAGUGCGGCUUUUCUCCUGUUCGUGUUCAGCUGGAGCGUCUGGAACGGCGCAAACUACUACAUGGACGUCUUUGGCAAGAGGUUCCAGAAGGAACUGGAGCAGAUGAAGCGCGACGUCGCCAAGUGGCAAAACAGUCCAGGUGCCACGCUCAGUCCUCCCAGUGGACCCGUGGACGCGGAUGUGUCGAGCGUCGACGGCGGCGCCAGGGGCGGCGGCGGGAAUGACCCAAACAAGCGAAGGAGUAUCGACCAGAUCCCUCUGCUGGACGAGACCCAUCAAAAUGGCAAAGUGGAUUCUGGUGCACGAUCCACAGGUACAGAUUUACUCAAUGAUUCGAAUUCGAGUGUGUUUGACAGGAAAUCUGCGUCGUGAGUGCAUCGCGAGGUCGUUGGUUGCUUUUCAAGAAAGGGAUCUCUUGUUGGCUGGUGGGUGGGUGGAUGGGAGGAAUGGUAUGCGAACAGUAAUCCGACGAGAGAGAGCAAAAGGCGUGCUUCAAAUCCUCUUUUUCUCGCUUACUUGCUGGCUCGCUUCAUUGCUUGUUUGGUUUUCAGCAUUUCCGACGGUCAUUUUUUGCUGUGCUAGGCGUUGUUCGGGAGUGCAACGACACGAGAUUGAUACCCCCCUGGGCCAUGGGUUGUGCUGUAUAUGUGGAUUGGUUUUUUUCAAUACCUGUAUCAUGGUCGAAUGAACUACACUAUACCUGAUCUUUUGCUUGUUGGCCUGUUCAUCGCUCUGUCACUUCGAUGGUCUAACCAAUCCUCCCUCUAACACUGUUGAUUGUGACUUCAUAGG